AUGAUUCAACGGGCCCACAAGAGCCUGCGCAAUUACAGCACCAAGCUUGCCGGUAGCGGCAGAUAUGCCGUGGACUGUAAGCGGAAACGAGCUGGGAAGACUUCGCCCGGUACUGUUCACGUGUCGCCGUUGCGCGAAGAUCACACGCUCAAAGCUCCGAGGCAUGAACCGAUGAAAGUUGUCGAGUUGGCUCCAGAGGUGGAGAAGAACUGGCAUAUCACGUAUAGUACCAAAAGCCUGCCAGAGGAGAGGUGCCAGUACACAAAGCCAAUACCACAGAACAGUGCUGUGAGGGUGACAAAGCUGGGCGCCUGGAUGGGCUUGCGGCCGAUGGUAUCGACUAGAAGCACCGAUAACCAACAAAACGAUGUUGCCAACGGCGAUCUUGUGCGGGUUGAGGUGCACAUUAUCGGCAGAGGCAUAGCCAAUGCGCUGAGGAUGGCCGAAUUGUUGAGACACAGCUCCCAGAAGGCGAUAUCGAUGAAGAACCAGGAUCCUGCGGUGCCGAGCAGAAAUCCGCUACAGGAGCUUUUGCACCCACGCUGCGACGACGGAUUCUGCACGUACGGCUUGCUCCUCUUCCACGUCGCCUACGCGAUCACCCUUGAGGUAGGCCAAAGCAUCCGCGCGAGCGCGGGUGACGUCAUCAUAAGCUCGCCGUCGGAAUAG